AUGGGGUCCAAGAAAGGGCAGGGCAAAGCAAAAGGGAAACAGCCUGCCAGGGCACAGGGGAAGAAGAGGCAGGGAACCCCUUCAGAGGCUGCAGGGGAAGAGGCAAAGCGACUCCGGUUGGCAAUUAUUGCCAAGCUCGAGGCCCUUGAGCAGCAGAGGGGCGCUGGUGGGGAGUCUGCUGAAAGGAGCGGGAGGCCUGUGGUCCCGGGAGGGGAAUGCGGAGGCGGUGGUGAGCUAGCAGGGGCGCAACCCUCCGAUUUGGACCCUGAUGGUGACGAAGGAGUGGACGGUGGAGUGGAAGUGCCGGAUCCUUUAGGGGAGCAAGAUCUGCAGGUGCAGUCGCCUCCAGUAGCGGUGGUGGUAGCGCCACCUGGUGUAGAAGGUCAAAUCGGGUUGACGGUGACGGUGCACUACCUUGAUGACUUUCUUUUCAUGGGUCCAGCGGGAUCUGGUCAGUGCGCUAGGCUUAUGGAGACCUUCAUGCAACUGGCUGAGGAAUUAGGGGUCCCGCUGGCGCACGAAAAGACUGAGGGCCCGUCCUCGGUUUUAACGUUCCUGGGCAUUGAGUUGGACACCUGCCGGCAAACAUCACGGCUUCCAGAGGACAAGGUCCUUGGCUUGAGGCAUGUGCCGGGCGUUAGUAAUGGGGUGGCGGACGCUCUGUCUCACCAACAGAUGGAGCGAUUUCACCAGCUGGCGCCGGAUGCCGACCCUUUCCCGGUCAGGAUGCCCCAGGAGCUUUGGCAGCUUGGAGGGUCGAAGCGGGUUGCUUUAUUCAAUGCGGCAGCGCUAACAGCCUUUUUGGGGGCCUUGAGAGUUAGCGAGCUGGUGGCCCGAUCCCGCAGGGAUCAGGCUUGUCGCACUCUCAGGAACAGUGAUAUUUCCUUUAGAGGCGAGAAGGUUGUGAUUAGGGUUCGACGGUCCAAGAUGGACCAGUCAGGUUCGGUGGCUCGUCAGGAGAGGCUGCAUAUCCUCGUCUGCGGGCACAGUUUUGUGUUCUGGGCGGCCCACUUUGUCCAUUGGUUCACAGUUGGGCCUCAUGCAGUGCCCAAGAAUUACCAGCAUGUCUUGUCCUUGGUCUUUGCUAUAAAAGAAAUUAAUGAGAAUCCCCACAUCUUACCAAAUGUAACACUGGGGUUCCACAUCUAUGACAGCUACUUUAACGCAAGGAUGGCUUUUCAAAAUACCUUGAACCUUCUGUUUAGUCAGAAGAGAAUGAUCCCGAACUACAACUGUGGCAUCUGGAAGAACCUCAUAGCUGUUAUUGGAGGCUUGGACUCUGAAAUCUCCCUUCAUAUGGCUACUCUCUUAAGCAGUUACAAGAUUCCUCAGGUCACAUAUUGCUUAUUUCCUCUUGCCAUGAGUGAGGUAAUCCAACUCUCUCCUUUGUAUAGAGCAGUGCCCAGUGAAGAGCAUCAGUAUACUGGGAUUGUCCAGCUUCUUCUGCAUUUCCAGUGGAACUGGGUGGGCAUCAUUGCAAUGAAUGACGAUAGAGGAGAAAAGUUUGUGCAGACUUUGACACACAAGUUUUCCCAGAAUGGCAUCUGUAUAGCCUUCAUGGAAAGAAUACCAACUUACAGAAGCGCCCUGGAGAUAUAUGACAUGUUAGACUUAUUUCAGAAUAUGACAAUUUUCUUAACCGAGAUCAAUGUCAACAUCUGUAUCUUAAGUGCAGACUCGCAAAGCUUGAGUGCUUUGCAGUUGGCGCUGAAUAUGUUUGAUCCAGAUUCUAUGACUCCUAUACACAAAGUAUGGGUGAUGACAGCCGACUUUGAUUUCUUAUCACAGAUAUAUCAUAGAGAUCAAGGCAUACAAGUGUUCCAUGGUGCCUUAUCAUUUGCAGUUCAUCUCACUGAAGUUCAAGGAUUCCAAAAGUUCCUUCAGAACUUAGAUCCUCAUACUAAGGAAGAUGGUUUCAUCAGGACUUUUUGGCAGCAUGCCUUUGACUGUACAUUUCCAGAUCCUGAUGUAGGUGAUGAGACCAUGAAUAACUGCACUGGGGAGGAGAAGCUGGAGAGCCUUCCUGGACCGUUCUUUGAAAUGAGCAUGACCAGUCAAAGUUACAGUGUCUACAAUGCUGUCUAUGCCGUGGCACUUGCUUUACAUGCCAUGUCUUCAUCCAGAACGAAGUAUGGGAUUAUGGGAGGUGGAGGCAAGCUGGAUUUUCCAAAGGCACAGCCAUUUCAGAUCACACCCCGUGCAGUGUGUAAUGAGAACUGCCCUCCAGGUUACAGAAGAAAAAGAAAGGAAGGAGAACCAUUUUGUUGCUAUGAUUGUGCUCCAUGUCCAGAAGGGAAGAUCUCAGACCGAGAAGAUAUGGAUGACUGCACCAAAUGCCCAGAGGAUAAGUAUCCAAAUAAAGCCCAAAAUGAAUGCGUUCCAAAGUGUCUCCAUUUCCUGUCUUAUGAUGAACCUCUGGGCAUCAGCUUGGCUUUUUUGGCUCUGUGUCUUUUUCUGACCGCAGCUGCGGUGUUUGGAAUCUUCGUGAGGCAUCGGAAGACUCCCAUCGUCAAAGCCAACAACAGAGAACUCUCCUAUGCUCUGCUUGUCUCCCUCCUGCUCUCCUUCCUUUGCUCAUUGUUGUUCAUUGGCCAGCCUCACUUUUUCAUCUGUCUUCUACGCCAGACUGCUUUUGGCAUCAUCUUCACAGUGGCCAUUUCUUCUGUGCUGACAAAAACCAUCAUCGUGGUCUUGGCUUUCAUGGCCUCUAAACCGGGAUCAAAAGUGAAGAAAUGGAUGGGGAAAAGCUUUGCUUUCUCUACUGUUUCUACUUGUUCACUUAUCCAGCUGUGUAUUUGCAUGGUUUGCCUCUGGAAAGAUCCUCCAUUCCCAGAUGUUGACAUGAAUUCUCUGGCUGAAGAAAUCAUAGUGGAAUGCAAUGAAGGAUCCACCCACAUGCUCUGCUAUGUUCUGGGCUACAUGGGAUUUCUCUCUCUUUCCAGCUUCUUUGUCGCUUUCUUUGCUCGGAAGCUGCCUGACUCUUUUAAUGAAGCCAAGUUUAUCACUUUCAGCAUGCUGGUGUUUUGCAGUGUAUGGGUGUGUUUUGUCCCAACAUAUUUAAGUACCAAAGGGAAAUAUAUAGCAGCUGUAGAAAUCUUCUGCAUCUUGGCCUCUGGAGCUGGGUUACUGGGGUGCAUUUUUUCUUCAAAGUGCUAUAUAAUUCUCUUGAGGCCUAAAUUAAACAGUAAAGAAGGCAUAAUAAGGAGAAAUAAGUAA